GAGGAAGAAGAAGAGGAGACAAGCAGUGAGGCUGCGGAACCCGUCACACCAACCGACAGCCACAAUCCACAUACCUUACAAAUGAAUGGCAAGGGCAAUUCGGACAAUGCCCAUGCCUUCGGGCCAAUCCAGCCAAGGCCUCCUCUCAUUGUGAAUACUCCUGCGACACCACCACCUUCAGCUGGGAAGGACACAAAGUCUCUCCCCCAGCAGACACCAAAGACUCCAAUCACCCCACUGCAGAAAAGGCCGACCGCUUCCACUGUCGUAUCAAAAGACGGAGCCAUAAAGCGAGGAUUGUCGGGACUCUUCAAGAGAUCAAAUUCUCAACAGGCGAACCUCAAUAUCCAACCUCUGACCCAAGCCCAUGGAUCGGAUCCAGUACUCGGGAAGGGGCAGCGCAGAAGGCCAACGAGGAGGAUGUCAGCCACAAAUUCUGCAUACACCACUCGAUCGAACACCCCGCCUUCACCCGGGUCACCUGCUGUAGAGAGCGAACAAAAGCCGAUUCAACGAGAUCCCUCGACCGACGAAUUCUUCGCCUACAGGAGAAAGAUCCGUUCGUCCACGGGCUUCAGUCUUCGGGACAAGAUUUCAAAUACAAAGUCCAAGAUCUCCUUUGCACCCACCGACAAGGAACCUAAGAAUGACAAGCGACGGCAUCGCGCUACAAGCGUAGACCUUGAGAGUCAUAUACCUGAUCCUGCCGAUGACCUGCGAGUGAAACUUCCUACUAGGCAGAUAUGGGGCAUGGCAGCUGAUGCUGGAACCGGCCUGAAAUCACGACGGAUGAGCUUGAACCUUCCUGAUGACUUCACCGUGGACGUUGUCGAACUCUACUCUGAAUAUACGGAUCAGAGCAAGAUAGUUGGUCGACGAGGGAAGCAUGUCGGGAAGGGUGCUACAGCCAAUGUGAGACUUAUGCACCGGAAGGGCUGCGCUGGAGAGGUCUAUGCGGUUAAGGAGUUCCGUGGAAAGUCAACAAACGAAAAGGCCGAAGAUUACGAACAGAAAGUCAAAUCAGAAUACUCAAUCGCGAAGAGCGUCCACCAUCCCAAUAUCGUCGAAACGUUCCGUUUAUGUAAGCACAAUGGACGGUGGAACCACGUGAUGGAGUUCUGUGACCAGGGCGACCUUUUCAGUCUUGUCACCCUGAAAUAUCUUGGCAAGGAAGACCACCUUAAUGAUCGACUAUGUUUGUUCAAGCAGUUGGUCCAAGGUCUCAACUACCUCCACAACAACGGCAUUGCUCAUCGUGACGUCAAAUUGGAGAAUCUGUUGAUCACGAAAGAGAGCAAACUCAAGAUAACGGACUUUGGGGUUUCUGAAGUUUUUGCUGGCAUUCAUCCUGGAUUAAGAGCAGCUGGAGGACAGUGCGGAAAGGAGAUGGGCGAGGUUAGACUUUGCGCUCCUGGUAUGUGUGGUAGCCCUCCUUAUGUGGCCCCUGAAGUCAUCGCGAAGAAGGGCGAGUACGACCCUCGUCCCUUGGAUGUAUGGGGAGCCGCCAUUGUGAUGCUUUGCAUGACGGCGAAUGGUAAUCUAUGGCAGGAGGCAACUCCUGGCAGUUCGCCCUUGUACGACGAUCUUGUCAAGGGGUGGGCGAAGUGGUAUGCAAAGCACGCUGGUCAAGAGUCGCCAGAGAUUAACACCAAUGACUAUCCCUACGUGGCGUUUUUCGAUAUGCAUAUCAACCCUCCGGCUUUGAGGCGUAUGCUCCUCACUAUGUUGAACCCGGAUCCGUCGAAGCGGAUCACAAUGGCGAAGGUUGCAAAAGAUAGAUGGUUCAAGAACGUCGACUGUUGUCAGGUCGAUACGUAUGAUGACCCCGCCGUAACAAUCGAUGCAUCGAAGUCUCGGACUUCUAUGAAGCCAUUGGGGAAAGUGGUUACGCACGACCAUCUCCCUCCGAAAAUGCACUUGGGACAUAGACUCGUUCGGCUUCCUGGCAGUACGGAUAUGUGA